GCCCGAGACGCUCACGGUGCAUAUGGCCGCCAACUUCAAGCAGCUCGUCGCGGUCAAGGACGUCGUCCAGCCAUGGCUCAGCUUCGUCAAGGACAGGACCUUCCAACACAGCGCCCAGCCACUUCACGUGGUAACGGACAGCAGCGCCCGCAUGUUCUCAGGAGUUCUCCCGUUCGACAUGCCCUCACAGCCGCCCGUGCGUCGCCUUGACUUGAACGAAGACAGACGCAUACCCGUGGACGAUGAGCACGAUACGCACCUCAAGGAAAAGAUCAAGAAACAUGAUCAAGAAGAAGAAAUAAAAUCCCUUGGCAAGAGCAUCGGUAGCGUCUUGGACUCGAAUAACGAUCUUUCUCAACUGACGCUGGAACCAGAGAUUUCUGAGGACGAUAAUCGUUUUGAGGAGAUUCCAUUCGAUGAGAAUUUCGACGAAGUGCAAUUAAAGAACGCGAAUAACACUCAAGCUGUCACUAAGGGAUCGAAUAUUAUUGAAUCCCUGAGGAAUUCGUCCACGGCUGUUGAAACAGAGAGUUCGUUGACAGUGCAUGGUGCGAUUCACGAGGCGACUGCGUGGGUGUACGGGCUGCCUGCAGCAGACAGUGGCUACCUGCAGCAGACGGCUGUGAGCAUCACGCAGUACACGCACUGGCACCUGCCUGCGCUGCUCACUGCCAUACAGUUCUUCACGCAACUUGAGGUGACAAACGGACUCUAA